AUGGCAGUUGUUCAUCAACACUGCAGACAGGUGGAGAAGGACAAAGUGGAAGACAGGGGUAAGUGCAAGGUGGAAAUGACACCCAAGGAGAGUGACAAAGGUAGUGAGGUGGAGGCUCUGGGCAUCCAGGAAGAGGAGGAGGCAGAGGUGGAGGGCAUUGUGGAGGAGCAGGAGGAAGAGUGGGAGACCAAGGCACUGGCCAAGACACCCACCAAUUAG